CAUAUCAUUAGACGACGAUAGUGCUUUGUACGUGCACAAGAACUGCGCGGUCUUUGUUGCGAACGACUGUCAAAUUUCAUGAAAAUCUCACUGUAUCAGUAAAAAUACAUGGGCAUCAUCGAUGGCUUUGAAGACCACGAAAUUCUCAGUUCUGAUGGAGCCGGCCGACAACUUUGACCGCGGCCUUUUGGUCUAGUUGAAGGAAACACACUCAGUGCUGGUGUUACUGCUUGUUCAAGAUCUUUUGUGGCAAGGAGAUGGAUGGUGGAGGCAACAGCUGGCCUGUAGAUGGUACCUUGCCCCAAUUCUCCGCACCAGUUGCCGAGGGACUUUCUCAGGCACUCACAUUUCAAUCUGGGGAAUCUUCACCGUACCUCAGUGACUCAAAGAAUGAAGGAGAGGCUCUGGAUCUCUUCAAGCAGCCCCCAGAGAGUUUGGCUUCUUCUUACACCGAACUCUCUGAUUUCUUCAAACUGCCCUGGGAAGGUAAUGAACAAGCAUCCAGUGAUCCGCUGGGAGGUUUACCAAGUCUUCUAAAUGUCGAAAAUCUCGGUAAUGUCAGUAGUGAGGAAAUCUCGGCUACAUGCCUGGAGAACAAUAACCGGAAGGAGCCUGGGAAUUGCGGAGAUGAAUCAUCGUGGUCUGGUGAUAUUUUGUUGUCUCAAUCAGCACACGACAGCAGAUCAUUUGACAACCCUAACGAGGCCAUACCUGGGCAAGACGAGUCAAAUCUUGCUGAUAAACUCCUGUUUUCAACACCCCCUUUCGUGGAGAGCAACAAAGCAUGCAUUGCUCAAAACACUAGAGUCACACCUGUUAAUCCCUUUUCACAACUUGCUUUGUACGCUAAGAAAUCUACAGGAGAGAACACCCAAAACAGUUCACCCGCGUGUAUUCCAUCUCAGGAGAAUUCAUAUGCUGCAUCAUCCGUGGGAGGCAAUCCCACAGAAACUGAACAAAGCAUUCCUAUGCAAAGUGACCCGUUAAGCUCACUGCAUCAAGCGUCAAGCAACGUAUCAGUACCUACACCAGAACUCCGCCAUUCAUCUGGUUAUGCAACAUGUGCAGGGCAAACAGACCAAGACUUCAUCAGCAUGGAAUCAAACCUGUCAGAUGAGGGUGUUGGAGAGACGAAAGAGAUCAGAAUCGACGAUACCUUUUCCCUUCAGUGUGACCCCCCAAGUUUCAGUGACGAUGACAGCGACAUCAAAUCACCAGAAUUAUGUGCAGACCUGACCAGAAUCAGCAGCAUUGCAGAACAGUGGUGCUCUGACCCUAGCAGUUCACAAGAUGACGGACAAAUGCCUGGAAUGACAGACUUUGAAUAUCGUAGCCCCUUGUCAUCUGUCAGUCAUAAGCAAAGUUUCCAGGACAUUGUUGUAUCCCCAAGGCAACAGAAACAAGGUCCCGAGACUCAAAACAAAGACAGCACUUCAUCACUUUCAACUGAUCUUGAACCUACCCCAAUUCCCCAGUCCAAUUUGGAAGCAGUAACGGACAAUUCAAUGAUGCAGUUGGACACAAACAAUGAAGAUGAGAAUAGUCAAGAGUGCAGGCAAGAACGUUUGCAGUUAGAGGAAGAAGAAAAUACACCAUUUGCACAGAAUUCUAACUCCUCUGUCUCAAUGAAAAUGCUUGACGUUCAUCAAACUCAAGAAGUAUCUGAGAAUUCAAGCUCUGAAGUCCAGCAGGAAUCUGCACUUAAUCCAAAGAAAAUUGACAGCCAUUUUGCAGACAAUACGCUCAUUGAGUUUAACACAAACAAACAUUGUGAUGAAGGCAUUCAGGGUAUUCUUAAGGAGGCAGCGCAAGAUGUGCCUCUUGAGGCAGAGCAAGAUGUGCCUCUUGAUCAAGCGUCUGGCUCAGACGUGCUCAGUUCCAAACAUUCUAAAGAUAAUGGUAACUUGUGGAGUGAUGAUGGUGGUUCUUCAGCAUCAGAGGAAUCUGUCAUUUUAUUAUCUGACAUAGAGUUUGAUGCAGAGGACAAAGGAAAAGGGGUUGCGCCCAUCAUGGUGAAAAUAGAAAACCCCCCGACACCAGAUAGAACUUGCCAGAAUGAGGCAUCGGAGGGGACUGAACCAGAUUCCACAACGAACAAUUCUGAUGACAAAUGUGAAACUGAACCAGGUGGAAGUCUACUUGUUGAUGAUUUACAAAACACUGAUUCACCAUCAGAUGUCAGACUUAAGUCUGGAGCAACUCUCGAUGAUGACAGAUUCAAUGCAGCGCUUUCUCAAGAUACGAGUGGUGUCUUGGCUAAUGAAAGUGUUUCCUGUGAGGCAAAUGAAAAUUCACCAUGCACAGACUCUUCUGAUGUGAGAGAAGAAACAAUGACCUCAUCAGCAAAAGACCAAAAACACAGUCCAAACAUAAGUAUGGCUAAAGCGGACUGCAUUCUCACCGAGAGAGGUACCGCCAAGAACAAGUCAGAACUUGAAAGAAAUAAAGAUGGCAUCAGUGCAUCGAGCAAAGACAAGUUGAGUAAGGUGAAAUGCCAGGCAGACGUAAUAGAGAUCAGUGAUGAUUUAAGUGAUUCAGAGUGUCAGGAGUGCACAGAUGUAUCUAAGAAUCAAGAUGAACAUAGUGAACAGGACACAACAGAAGAUGUUGCAAGGAGCAACCAAGGAGGAGAUGUUUCACGAGAAGCGGAUACACCGAUUGCCCUCAGCGAUUCCGAAGAAACCAGUUUCAGUCAAAACAUGGUGAACAAAACAGCAGAUGCUAAUCCUGCAGUUGUUGAUGGCUCAAACAACGACACGGAUAAAUGCCCCAUAAGUUCAGAGGAUAUACCGACUAAGAACUCCACCUCACAAACCCCUGAAAAAGAAAGCCACCAAGAGGAAAACGAAGAGGAUGAUGAUGUGAUCAUAAUCGAUGAAGAUCCAGAAGUCAUUAGUCUUGGCAGCUCAGAUGAGGAUGAAGCAGGGGAUAAUUCAGUCAGUGAACUGCAGAAAGUUACAGCAGAAUCCAACUAUACACGUACCACUCGCUCAGCUUCAAAAAGGAAUCCAGUUUCAAGAGCUGCCAGUGCAACCACUGUGAAAAAAACAGAGUGGGCAUGCCACAUAUGUAGUGAACGCAGCAGAUCUCUGAACUCGCUGAAAUUGCACGUGAGACGUGUCCACAACUUGAUCAUGAUUCACAGGAAGGAGGAUAUGAAGUGUAAACUGUGUUCCUUCACAGGAACUUGGCAAAAGAUCAAAGAGCACAUAAUCAAUGACCACGAGACACCGCUGAAAUGGUACAUUAAGAACCACGAAACAAGGGAGAUUAUAAAGCUACCUUCAUCUUCCUCAGUCCCUCCAGAAUCCCCAAAGACUCCGGAGAAGACUGUAACAAGUGCACGAUCCAGUCAACCGGGUGAAGCCUGUAAACAGAAAACAACACCUGUUUCAAAGCAACAUUACCUUAUUAAGAGGGUUGCUAACAUAGAUGUAGAUAAGCAAGGUCAGAGCACUCCAUCGAUGAUGACGAGACGGAAGCAGACAUCUUUAAGAAGUCCAACAGUGACUUCUUCAUCAGUCAACACAUCUAUAAGAAGUCCAACAGUGACUUCUUCAUCAGUCAACACAUCUAUAAGAAGUCCAACAGUGACUUCUUCAUCAGUCAACACAUCUAUAAGAAGUCCAACAGUGACUGCUUCAUCAGUCAUUACACCUAUACGACAUGUAACAGUGACCUCAUCAGUCAACACACCAAUACAACGUCUCACAGUGACCUCAUCAGUCAACACAUCUGUAAGAAGUCUGGUCAAGACAUCCUCUGUUACAUGUACAUCACAGUCCCUAAACUCUUCAUCAGUCAAAACAUUCUCCGUCAACGCAACCCGAACCAUUAGCUCCACCAGUACCUCCACAACAAAUGCAGUGAUGAGAUCAGUUAUACCACCUGCUGUAAAUAAACCAGUGCCAGGCUCAGCUUCCACCCAGUCAAACCCUAGCAGCCAGAACAACUUUAUUAUUAUACGUCAUCAGAAGCCAAUAACCACAACUGGGCUAGGGGUUACAAACAGCAGUCCAAGCAGCUCUCAAAGGUUCUACCCAGUCUUCCCAGGUGCAAUACAGAGUACAGCAGCAACUACUGUCAGGCAGAAAUUGGUGUAUGCCAACACAAUACGGGCUGCAGCUCAGAAGAGUGUACAAAACUCUAUCCUGAGACACCCAGUGACUCCCAGUACAGUAGGUGUCUCUCAUCUCCCAUAUCCUCAGAGAGUAGGACCAUCCACCAAGUUAUCACAGAGUAUUCCGAAACUUGGACCAUCCCAGCCAGCCAGCCAGAAGACUAUUCUUCGGGUUGUUUCAAAUUCAACUGGUCAAGGCUCGGCGAGCAACGCCCAGGUUGAUAUGAGCGCUGCCAGAGCAUUGUUAAAUGCUAUCUGCAAGUCUUCUAUGGCUAAUGCUUCAACAAAGGUUGCCCCACUUUCAAAAGCUAACUUCGCCGUUUCAGCUCUCCCAAAUACACUGUCAAAGUCUGUUGUAAGCUCACCUUUAGUCAAUCCGACAAACACACGUAAAAUGUACAUACCAUCAACUUCAACAAUAAUUAGGACUUCGAUCUCAAGUCCAUCCUUAGGUGUGUAUGGUAAUCAGAGCUUUGUUCCACUUACAACAACUUGCAAAGCUCAGACUGUAACCACACAGUCAUCAGGUCCAGUGACUAGCACUGAUGUAGCUUCAAAAAUUACUGUACAGCGAACAUUUUCGGAGGGUGAAACAAUGGCAUCAUACGUGAUACGUGUACCAAAGGCAAGAUCAGACGGCAACAUCUAUUCGGUCUUGAGUGAUGAGAAGAAAGACGAUGACUACUUCUACCUGGUAAAAGUUCCGAUCAAUAAGACUAAUGCUCCCAAGAAGUUUAUGGUACACCUUCCUGUUGAUAAGGAUUCUACUGUGAAGCAUGCAGUGUGUAUUGUGCAACCGCCAGCUGGUGGAUCUGAUGGGAUGAAGCAAGGUUCUUCGACAGGUUUGACUAAAUCGGGUGCUUCUCAUUCAAGUCAAGGGAAACUGCAAUCACCCUUCGAUAACGUGAAGACUUCGCUGGGGCAGAUAAAGUCUAUUGCCCCUGGGCAUGAUAGACCCAAGGCUGAUGGUAAUGUCCAACAAGUGGUGCCGUUGAAAAUCACAAAGACCAGAGAAGACCCUGCCAAGAAGGCCGAAUGUUUAGCUCAUUUGCAAGAGCCACCUGUUAGCAUCCACCUCCUUGAGUCUCAGUUCAAAGACACUAAAGUAUUUCAAGCAGCGGACCUUAUCAAAGUGGAUGAUCGGGUGCAAUAUGAGUGUGCUCGCUGCAAAGAGGCCUUUCCUCAGCUAAUGCUCUUGCGGCUUCAUCACAUCGACUGUACUGUACACCCUCCAUCUAACAAAGUCCUACCCAUCGUUCACAUCCCGACUGCUCUGCUCGCUGCUUUCUUCACGCUCUCUGCUUCGGGGUAUUCCAGUGCAUGUGCCGUCUGCAGAGUACUAUUACUUGGGAAUGCCAGGAAUGUAGAAGACCAGCAAGAUUUUUGCAGUCACUUGGCUAAGCACGCAGAGCCUCAAGUGGCAAUCACAAGUCUAGAUGAUACAAGAAAACUUGGUAUCCUUCAGACAAGGAUGACAAGCCAACAAGCCAAAGAGUGGGUGGACUAUCUUGUCCCUCCCUUCAAGAUGUGGAACAAACCGACCUCAACGUACGAUGGUAGCCUUGAGGAACAUAUCUGCACAACAGGGAUCUUGCACCGUGAAUCAGUCAUUAGAAAGGGUAAACGCAAGAGAAGCCCAUCACCACAAAGAAGGAAGAACGAAAAAAACAAGAAGCAUAAGAAGCAUAAAAAGCAUAAGAGGCACAAGUCUCCUGACAUUGAAGUCGUUGAUCGGAGAAGCAACCAAGGUGCUCGCAGCAAAUACCGAAGUACCCUGAAAACAGCAGAAGGUUGUGAGGGGGAAUGGGUCGAGCCAAGUCCAAAAGAUUCUGGCGAAUUAUGGACAAGGAAAAAAUCUCACCCUGGCAGGCUGAAAGAGAGUAUUAUGAGGAGUCCAUCUCAUCCCAAGCUUUUGCAACAUGGCAUGAAAGUGAAUUUCAACAAGACAUCUAAAAAUAGUCCUUCCAAAGCUUCUCAGAGGUUCAUGUCUGUCAAAGUACCAGGGAGGCGUAGCCUGAGAGGAAUGGGACUUGACUUUGGACAGGGACUCAUGAUGUUGCCCAUGACCAGAAAGAAGAAGAAGACUGUUAACAAGCCUGCGUCCACAGUGUCCACUGGCGAUUUAGAGGAGGGUCACAAAACCAACUCAAAAACAGACGCUGUUCACAAUACGAAGGAUCUUGAUGACAUUGUCAUAAUAUCCAGUGACGAUGAUGAAGAUGACAGUGAAACCAAAGAUGAUGACAUUCAAAGUGAUGACAAAGAGGACAGUAACAGGGCACCAGACGAUGGAAUGGUAGAUGCUGGUGAGGAAAGUGAUUCUAAAGAUGCUCUCUCGGAUAAUCUAGAUGAUUCCUCAAGUGAUGAUGAGGACGCAGAUGAGCAGCAGAGUGAUAUGGAUGGUGUGGCAGAUGAGAUUGAUGAAGACAAGGAUGAAUCAAACCGGAGAGACAUUCCCCUGACUAUGAUGGCUCUACACUACCGACGGUUGAAUGAAACAAUGGCCAAAAACAAAGAUUCAGACUCUGAAGAUGAAACAGGAAUGGAGGAAUCUCCAUCCCGAGUUCUCAGUCAUUCUGACAAUGAACAAGAGGACAAAGAAACAAAGACUUCAGAAGAUCGAGAUGAAGAAAUGACAACGGAAACUCAUCAGAAAUAUCGAACCAGCCCAGAUGACAAGCUUCAAGAAGUUUGCAGCUCGCCUCAACUCAGAGUGGAAUCUCCCCUUCCAGUGAGAGAUGCGGGUAAUUCAUCUGAGGGUUCAUCACAAGGCAGUGAUCCUAAACAUCCUCACAUCAAUAAUGAAAGCAGUAACAAAGAAUCAGAAUCUCUGGAGCAUGACACGCCUCUCCAUGACAAAAAGGCCCAGCAUAACACUUGGAAACCCUACACACCAUCUGAAAUUCAGCCUGAAGAAAGCACCAAGUCUAAGCCAAAAGCGAAGGAUGGGGAAAGUCAGCUAUCAGAAACUUGCAAAGAUGUGGAUUCAGAACCCCAAGCAAAUGCCCUAAUUUCAUCAGAGGCGGAGGUUGUUGAUAAUCUUCCCCAGGACAAUGUCAGUGAAAGUAGGCAUCAAGAAACUUGCCUUCUUGAUUUUGAAGAUAAUAGCCAUUCUUCAAAAGCUGACGACACCACGUCAGAUGCCAGAAACUUAGAUAAUGCGGAAGAUUGGAAUUUGGAAGACCUGAGUGACAUUGAUGAAAUGUCAGUUGAAGGUAGCUUUGGAAGUGAGAAUAGCAAUCAAGGAAAUAUCUUUUCUGAUUCUCCGGACAAUAUUAUCUCUGAAACAAGGAACUAUGAAGAUGGUCAAUCUAAAGACACACUGUCUGUGGCUGGAAUCUUGGAAAAGCAGACGAAGGAGGGCAGUCUUCUUGAAGGUGAUAAAGGAGAAAAUGACAUCUUGGGCAACACCCAAGAAGACGAGAAAAGCAAUCAAGAUAAAAUCACCCCCGAUGCUCCAGACAAUAGAAUCUCUGAAACCACAUGUUUCAAAGAUAGUCAUUCUGGAAUUGUGGAAGAGCAGAUGAGUGAAGACAUUCUUCUGGCAAAUGACGAAGAAACUAAUGAAAUUAUGGACAACACCCAAGAAGACCGCCCAAGAGGCCCUGAUGCCUGUGGAAGUGAAACCUCCAAAGAUGCAAAGUCUAGCAUGAAGGAUGAUGUUGAAAUUUUGUCAGUGAAUGCAAAGGAAGACAGUGUUCUGGAAGAUGAUGAAGAUGACAUCCUGGACUACAUUCCAGAAGACAGCCUACUCGACCAUGAUACCCACAAAGAUGAAACCCCCCAAGAUACACAGUCUAGCAGGCAGGACGAGGCAGUAAUUUUGGAAGCACAGAUGAACGAUGGCAGUCUUCUAGAAGAUGACGAAGGAGAUGACAUCCUGGACUACAUUCCAGAUGACAGCCUACUCGACUUUGAUACCCACAAAGUUGAAACCCCCAAAGAUACACAGUCUAGCAGGCAGGACCAGGCAGUAAUUUUGGAAGCACAGACAAAGGAAGACAGUCUUCUGGAAGAUGACGAAGGAGAUGACAUCCUGGACUACAUUCCAGAAGGCAGCCUACUUGACUCUGAUACCAACGAAGAUGAAACCCCCAAAGAUACACAGUCUAGCAUGCAGGACCAGGCAGUAACUUUGGAAGCACAGACAAAGGAAGACAGUCUUCUGGAAGAUGACGAAGGAGAUGACAUCCUGGACUACAUUCCAGAUGACAGCCUACUCGACUUUGAUACCCACAAAGUUGAAACCCCCAAAGAUACACAGUCUAGCAGGCAGGACCAGGCAGUAAUUUUGGAAGCACAGACGAACGAAGGCAGUCUUCUAGAAGAUGACGAAGGAGAUGACAUCCUGGACUACAUUCCAGAAGGCAGCCUACUUGACUCUGAUACCAACGAAGAUGAAACCCCCAAAGAUACACAGUCUAGCAUGCAGGACAACGCAGUAAUUUUGGAAGCACAGACAAACAAAGACAGUCUUCUGGAAGAUGACGAAGGAGAUGACAUCCUGGACUACAUUCCAGAAGACGGUCCACCAAGCCCUGAUACAUGUGAAGAUGAAACCCCCAAAGAUACACAGUCUGGCAUGCAGGAUGAGGCAGUAAUUUUGGAAGCACAGACAAAGGAAGGCAGUAUUCUGGAAGAUGAUGAAGGAGAUGACAUCCUCACACAAGAAGACGGUCUACCAAGCCCCGAUACCUGUGAUGAGGAAGCACCUAAAGGUACACAGUCCAACAUUCAGGAUGAUCACAGAGACAUUUUCACUGAUGACUCAGCUCAGCUUGAUGUCGACCUCGCGACAGACCUCCAAGAUAACAAUACAUCUGGAGAUAGUUCUGCCGAUGAAACAUGGAAAAGAAAAAGUCGGAAGGAGAAAACCUCAGAGGAUGACAUUGUCCAGGACAGUUUUGAAGAAUAUGAAAACCUGGAAAGUGUCCCAGAAACUGAUAUGUUGAGAGAAGACGUCCCUGGAAAUAGGAAUUUGGAUGAUUUAGGAGAAAACAUCUUGAGUGAAGAAAUGACAGAAGACUUGAAACAACAUGAAAAGUCUGGAGAAGAAAGUGAUCAAAGGCACAGUUUUUCAGCCAAUAAAACUCCAUGGGAUAAUUGUUCAGUUGAUUCUGUUACUGAGAGGAGCACCCAGUGGGACAGAUUUUCCCAGGAGAAGAACCUCACAGAGCAAAACAUCUCUGAUGGUAGCCAAACUGACGAGACACUAGGACAAAGUUUGUGUACUUCUGAGGAUGAAAGUGACGUGAACGAGACGAGUCGACGUGAUAGAUUUUUCAGCGAGAGAAGUUUAGAGGAUAGUCUGGGUAGCCACAGAAUUGAUGCAGUACCAGGAGGUGCUGUUGGUGAUGAGACUGCUUCUUCAGUGAGUUUUUCCGGGGAAGAUGGAGUUGAGGAUGUCUUUCAGAAUGAGGAUAGUGGUGGAGUCUUUGGUCAGGACUCAGAUGAUGGUGUAAAGGAGGAGAGACAAGAUACCGGAUCUUGUCGAGAUGGUGAUGAUGAUGAUGAAUAUUCGGAUGAUGUCAUCUGCUUACUCAGUGAUUCAGAUGACGAAGAUGUACCUUCACUUUCGUCAGAUCCACAGCCCACCAUGCACUCGUUGAAGUAUCAUCCCAGCCUAGCUGCAUCAGAAAGUCGUCCAUCAAAGACUCCCACAAAUCAGGCACGGAAACUCAACCUAAAGAGGAAAUCCUCCCACGAACAUGAGGAGGAUGAAUCGGAAGACGAUGCUUAUCGGUUGAAGCGUUCCAGAGGAGACGAGGAUUGCGCAUCCGUAGCUCAUUCAGACUCGUGGUGUCUUUUGGAGGAGUCGGAAGACAGCGAAGGACCUUCGGAUCCCGAUACAGUCUGGAAGCGAGAGGUUGGUUCUAGCGUCUUCACGCAUGAGGACAUUGCACAAUUACGGGCUGGUGGACUUUGACAUGAAGCAUUUGAUCCUGGGACAUGUAGGCUAAUGUUUCAUGCCAGAAUGCAAAACUAAGGAUAUAUUUUGUAAUGUACAUGUAUGUACAUAGGUGCUGAAAGUGAUGUAGUCUCGUCAAUCACAAGUCCUCACAGGCUCUGUAAUAAUAAUGAUGUACGGUGCUUAUCUACUGCUUUCCAUCAAAGGCAGCCUGGGCCCAAUUUCAUAGAGCUGCUUAAGCAGAAAAUUUGCUUAAGCACGA